AAUUUAUGGAAACCCAACACCAUCCAAAAAUUCUGAAACCAAACUCAAAAGAAUACUUUAAAGCAAGAAAUGAUUACUAUCGAAAAGAACUACUAAACAAAGAAACGAUAAAACAAAGAAAUCAAGAAGAAAUAGAGAAACUAUUAAAAGAAUUGAAAAAUGAAAGGUUUAAAAAGGAAGAUCGAACCCAA